AUGAUCCUAGUAUCACCAACCAAGCGACCACAACACUUCCAGUGCCGAUCAUCACACGCGGCCGUGGCCCUCCAUCUGCUACUUCUCGGUGUAGCACUGGCAAUGGCGAGCGGCACCACAAGGGCACACGCCGUCCACGCGCCGUGCUGCAACCUGCUCCAGGGGGUGAACCUGGCGCCGUGCCUGGCGAUGGCGGCGUCAGGCGGCGGCGCCGUGAACAUAAGCGCCGCCUGCUGCUCGUCGCUGAACGAGGCGCUCGACGCCGGCCGCCGCUGCCUGUGCUCGCUGCUGCUGGCCAACGGCGUGCUCGCCGGCCUCGUCGCCACCCUGAUCCCCACGCUCCCCAUGGUGCUGCCGCUGCCCGGGUGCUACCUCUACGCGCCUCCUCUCGCGGCCUGCCAAGUGACGUUGCUGCAGACGAGUUAUGAUGCGCCGCCGGCGUCGGCAUCUGUGGCUGCGGGCGUGGGGGAUGCUGCUGGCGGCGCGGUGGAUCCGGCGCCUCCUCAGGCCGACAUCGCGCCGCCGCCUAAGAAUGGUAGUGUGGCUGGGACGAAGGAUGGUGGGAGGACGGACGGGAGCGGAGGCAAUGGCUCUAGGGAGGAGCAGAGCGUUAGAAGGAGCGAAGCAUGCCGGCGGCCCGGCGUUGGUGAGGGUAGGAUGUACAUGCUGAUCUUUGCGGCGGUCAUGGCUGUAUUUUUGUUCGAUUAA